GGAGCGGCGGGCACGGCGGCGCCCCGGGCCAUGCAGGAUGCUGCCGGGCCCCGCAGCCCAGCGGCCGCCGCCCCUGCUGUGGCCCGCGGAGCCCCCCUGGGCCUGGGCGGUGCCGCUCCGGCUCGGCGGGGCGCCCCCGCCGCCGCCGCUGCUGCUGUCCGCGCCGGGCUGGCACGUCCCCUGCGAGCCGCUGGUGCCGCUGCUGCCCGCCGACCACCGGCACCACCGCCGGCAGCACCAGCACCACGCCGCGCUGCUCCCCGGGCAGUGGAUAUUUGGAGGUCAUUCUCCAGUCAUAGGAUUUUCACCGUCUUCAGGCGUGGAAUUUGUUCCUCUUUUUCCACCUGUGUACACAUCUACGGUUCCGCCUCACGCUGGAAAAAACUGGAUAGAGAAAAGGCUACCGAACUGCAAAAUAUACUUAAAUAAUGCAUUUGCUCUGGAUUCAGCAUGGAUACAUCCUGAGGAAUCAAGACUCUUCCAGGGAAAUGAGAAACCUCUAUUAAUGACAAAUCAAGUAGCUAUGGCUAUAGCCAGGCCAGCUACUGCCUCCAGGCCUCUUCCCACAGUGGUGUUGGCACCUCAGCUGAUACCAGGUGGUUGCCAGAAUAGCCUUAAACCGGUCAGCAGCAAUCAAACCCUUGCGUUGGCCGCAGCAGCCACUGCGGCGAUGAUGUCGGUGGAGUCUGAAGCCCCUCAAGGACCUUCGCCUCCGAGCAUCCAACCCUGCCAUGUGCUGACCUUCUCGCCUAUCAAAAUUCCAGUGUUGACUUCACCUUUUCCAGGUUCUGCCUCCAGAGUGGAUGCUCGUGUGAGUCCUUUGAUGCCAACGCAAGUCGCCAGGGUAACUGCUGUGUCUGCACCAGCUGUGACGUUCAUGACAACCAACUUGAUGGAUCAGGCAUUAACAGAUAAUGGGAAGGAAUCCAGCCGGCCCUCCUGCCCACCCACCUUGAUUUUGCACGCCGACAGGAAAAGCGCGCCCGUGGAGAGGGAUGGCGAUAAGGAUCAUUCUUUUAAACUAGUAAAUGAGGAUGACAGUUCUUCAAAUGGCAACAAGCCCGUGGCAUCCACUCCAGUGCCAGGAUCACCAUGGUGUGUAGUCUGGACUGGAGAUGACCGGGUCUUCUUCUUCAACCCUACAAUGCAGCUAUCGGUGUGGGAGAAGCCGGUGGACUUGAAGCACCGUGGCGACAUAAACAGAAUCAUCGAGGAUCCGCCGCACAAGCGCAAGCUGGAGGCCGCAGCAACAGAUAAAAGUGUUAGCUCUUGUCCAGGAGAUGAAAAUGAUGAUCUUAGCAUCAAAAUAAAGAGGAAUAAAACAGAAGAUUCCCAAGCCGCUGACCAGGGAGAGGCAGAAAUGGAGGAGAAAAAAGCGAAGACAUCAGGACAUCAGAUCACGCCUCCCCUAGAAGAGCGCAUUACGCAUUUCCGAGAUAUGCUUCUGGAGAGAGGGGUUUCAGCAUUUUCUACAUGGGAGAAAGAGUUGCACAAAAUAGUAUUUGAUCCACGAUACCUUCUGCUAAAUUCAGAAGAACGUAAACAGAUAUUUGAACAGUUUGUCAAGACCAGGAUAAGAGAAGAGUACAAAGAAAAGAAAAAUAAAUUGUUGUUAGCCAAAGAAGAAUUUAAAAAACUCCUCGAAGAAUCCAAGUUAUCACCAAGAACAACAUUUAAGGAAUUUGCAGAGAAGUACGGAAGAGAUCAGCGGUUUCGACUUGUUCAAAAGAAGAAGGACCAAGAGCAUUUUUUCAAUCAAUUCAUACUUAUUCUUAAAAAGAGGGACAAAGAAAACAGGAUAAGGCUACGGAAAAUGAGAUAAAAGCUCUUGAAACUGGCAAUAAACACAGAAAUUAAUGCUGUGACUGCAGUAAGAAAUUAAAAUGAACGCUAAAGCAAAGGUUAAACUUGCAACAGCUUAACGAAGAAGUGGGUGUCCCUGGGAAAAACUUUCUCUAAUGAAGUUUGUUGAACAUAUGUAGAAGUUGUGAUGGCUGUUCUGCAGGAGUCUGAAGGAUAUUUUGUUCUCAAAGAAUUAAUGUUUCAUAUUGAAGCUCUCUUUUGUACAACAUCCAGAGUUUGAUGCAUUUCUAAUUGCCAUGAUAUGUCAAUCCCUUAAUUGUUUUAAUUAUGCAAAUUACUUGUAAUAUACACAAAUUAUGAAUCCAGCGCAGAUUUGUAAUUAAGCAGAAGCAGAUGCCAUCCAUAACAAUCUCAAGAUAUUUUCAUCAUUUAGGGGAAUUACCUAUCGCAAUCUUUUGGCAACUUUACGCAUUACCAUAAAUUGGUUAGAAGUACAGUGGUAUGCAGGGAUUCAUUACCCAGUGUUCACAUGUCUAUGUCCAGUUCUCUGAGUAGUAGUAAUAAGAUAUUAAUCGUUAAUCUUAGUGAAGAGUGUGAAAAUCUUGGCAUAUGUUCCAUAGGAAAACUCUAAGUUUCAGAAAUAGCUCUCUAAUUACUGUGAAUGGUGCUUUCAGGCACACAAGUGAUAGCAACACUUCUCCGUCAGAGUUCCUAUCAAGAAGUAUUUUGUAAAACCAUCGCAGUAUGAUUUGAAUUAUGUUCCUGUAUGUGGAAAGUCUGCAUGAGAUUUUUCUCAUCAUCUUUGUAUGAAUAAAUAUUUAACUUUUUUAAUUAAUAAUAAAUAUUUUAAGCCAAUUUUCAGGGUUUUUUAAGUUUCUAAACUUUUGGAAGUACUGGAUAAAAUAAUGCAGGUCUCAAUGGUUCCAACUUGAGAGGGAGAAAACCACGGAGAGUUCCUAGGCCUGCUGAUUUGUAUGCAAAUUGCCACUGACACCAAUUGGACUUAUGGAGCAUACUGAGAGCAAAGACGUCUCUCUGACUGCGAAGAUAAGAUCUAAUGGCUGGAGUAAAUCAGCACAGCUCCGCACCAACCUCCAGCGUGUCCCUUCUCUUUACAGUACGGGAAGGACGGACUCUCCUCUUCUAUCUGUGAUCAUAAUCAUUUUCUCAGUUGACCUCAUUUUUAAGCUAUUAUUCAUUAGAUUUACAGAUUUAUAUUUUGUAGGAGCAGCUAUGAUAUUUUCUCCUACUAAUGGUGAUUUUUCUUUAGGCAUGUUGUGAGUAUUUUUUAUAAUCAAGGAAAUAAAUGGUAUUUUCUGAUGCUUUGGAAAAAAUGAACUCAGAGCAUUUCAAAGUAGAGUACGUAACAUAAGAUGUAAUUUAGAAAGUUUGUAGAGUUCCAAAGCAGGCUGACAGCUUUACUUAAAAUUGUUUCUGUUUUCCAGUUCUUUUUCACUUUUGUUUGGAAUUUUUUUUCUUCCAUGCUUGUUUUUCUCACUUUCUUCCACGCCGAUUUCAGAAACGCCCCGUGCAGUAGAGCAGAGUGCAAUGCACACAGGAUCCAUUCCUGCUGCUUCUAUGUGAAAAAAGUCUCAUUUAUUUCUGUGAAAGCAAGAUCUGACCCAAAGUGUAUGUUGGCGAGAGGGAGGAAACGUGGCCGGGCUGGCAUUACCAGAUUAAACAGACUCUGCCACUUUCGGUCUCACCUCAGGAAGCGAGGUUUGUGCCUCCGGACCGAGCGAGUUGGACAGCAAGCCAGUAGAUGCAAGCUGAUUCUGAAGGCUUGUAAGACUCGUGAUAGCCGCUCCCUUACGACUUGGUUUUCGCAGUUCCUUUUAUGUCGCUGGAAAAGCCUCGCUCCCACCCAUGGGUAACUCGGGAGUCUCGCCUGAACUAUCAUGCAGAGACAAACACUGUUCACUUGGAGGGGUGGUGGGAGUAGACAGCAGUGACCCCUGCAAAAGAUACAGGGCUUUCGAAGCACAGACUUCAUAGCAGUUUUCAUAGGGUUUUGCAAAGUUUCCCAUUUAAAGGGGAAAAAAAAAAAAAACACAUAGAAAAGCAAUGAGAUCUUGCUUUUCUGAAUGAAGGCUCUUCUGUUUCAGUGGCUCGUACCAGUUUUGUGGCUUUCUGUUCUAAAUGUGUGAGCAUAUCCAUACCCUGUACUGCCACCCCCUAUUUCAGAUAUGAAUAAAAUGGGGUAUUAAUAUCUUGGGGAUUCUCCUUAAUUGUAGCAUUUCCUGACCACGUCAGAAAUCUUACCACAUGAAUCGUACCGUCCCGUGAAUGGAUAAAUCUGUUUGAUUUUCUUGUGAAGCUCUGUGAAAUGCCAGAAGUGAGUGAUCGGUGCAAGCGGUGAUACAUGUUUGUUAUAAUGCCUCCAAGUGCAGCUCUGUUUUGUUAUAUUUAAAAUGGAAGAAUACUAAAAUAAAUGUCAUUAGCCCCGUGGUCCAA